CUGCUGAAUCAUUGUGGGCUACGGUUUUUACUCACUCUUUAGUCCUUACUCUAUCUCUCUGCCUUUCUUUAUUCAAUUAAAAGAGGAGCUAAAAUGAAGAUUAGUCUUUUUAUUUUAAAAAUAUUAUCCGUUACUGCCACCAACUUAAUUGUAUUGGAGUUUGUGCACAUCGCUACUGUUUCUGCGGCUGCUAUUUCGCUUAAUAAUGAUCAUUACAUUUCUCUCAAUGUUGAACGCCAAAUAGUUGCUAACUCUUUGACCAAUAUAUACAUAGCAUCUGGUAAUAGUAACAAUUCAUCAUUGAUACAGGGAAAAUACGCCUUGUACCAGGGCUCUUGUUCUUCAUCAUCCAUAGAAACUAUCAAUGACACCAUGCGUCAAAUCAAUGAGAUUUACAUUUCAACAAAUACAACUACCACGUCAUAUAAAUUAUCAUGGCGAGUGCCUGCAACAGAUCGACUAGAUCAGCAACAGCAAUUCGAUGCAAAGAACACUGACAAUGAUACUGGUUCUUACGCUAAGAACUGUUUAUACUUAAAGAACGAAGCUGAUAUUCUUGUAGCAAAGAGCAAUCCAUACGUAUUACAAUCUGAACAUCAAAAAAAAAGACGCUCUCAUGCAGAAUUCAAGCAUAUGUACCUUGAUGCGGUGGAUUUUGAUAAAAGCCGAAAAAAUGCUGAAUGUACUCUAGCUACAAGCAAAGACCAAAGAAUUGGUAUAAUCGGCGCGGGUAUCUCGGGCCUUUUCAGUGCUUACCUGUUGGAUCAAGUGGAUUUUCACAAUUAUGAGAUUUUAGAGGCGACCAGCAGGGUUGGAGGUCGUAUACACACAGCUUACUUUGAUGAUUCUCAAACUGUAUACCAGGAAAUGGGUGCUAUGCGUCUUCCUGUAGAAAUACAGUAUGAAAAUGAAACAUUACCGAUCACUGAUACUAAACUUGUAUUUCAGGUUGCCGAGGAACUCAAUUUGCUCAACGAAGAGAGUCAUCAAAUUGAAUUUAUUCCUUGGUAUCAGCAUCGAUCAAAUAAUCUUUACUUUAAAGCUGGCUUUCGUUUUCCUGACGGUCGGAUACCAACUGUUGGAGAAACCCAAGCAAAUCCAAACCUAACGGUUGAUUCAGGUGUUGCUUCUUUAAAGCAAGAGGUCCUCAACGCUACUUCAUCCUUCACCUCUCAUGAAUGGUUUCACCUCAUGAGCGAAGAUCUAUAUGCCGCUCAUCGCAAAGCACUAGACGAAGGUUUCGAUGAUUGGUCCGAAUGGGGAUGGCUUCAUAACAAACUCGGUCUCAGUCUUAAUGCGACCAAUUAUGCAACAGGCAUGGCAGCCAUACAACUUUGGCAAUGGAUGUAUGAUAUAUUUGUUUUCUCAUCCUCCAAGUGGCGCACCAUUCAAGGCGGUAUGGAAAACUUUCCAAGAGCCUUUUUGCCUCAAAUAGGAGAAGAGAAGAUAACUUACCGUGCGCCUGUCAGUCGAUUGGAGUAUGAUGAUGAAAUACAAAAGGUGACGGUGAAAUGGAAGGCGGCAGAAGAUGAAGAAGACUCAGUGAAAGGUAAUAAGGGUAGUAAUUCGAACAGUAACCUUGAGGAGCACUAUCAAUCUCGCACUUAUGAUAAUGUCAUCGUAUCUGCACCUUUUUCUGUAUUGCGUACGUGGCAUUUGCCCAAAAAACUGGAUUACAUGAUACGUGAAGCCAUACAUAAUUUGGCUUAUUCUCAUGGUUGUAAAGUCGCUCUUGAAUUCGACGAACGUUUCUGGGAACAGCAAUAUAAACGGUCCAUUCAAGGUGGUUGUGAUGACACUGACCUACUAAGUGAGACAACAUGUUAUCCGGUAAAUAAUAUCGGUCACAAUGGACCCGCUGCUGUGCUGGCAAGUUACGUAGAAGGUGAUUUAGCUCUGUCUUUGGCCGCUAUGACCGAACAACAGCAUGUAGAAAGGGUUCUAGAAGACUUUAAGGAGCUUCAUGGAAAUUUGGUUGAGAAGCACUAUACAGGGAAAUAUGUUCGAAAAUGUUAUAGCUUGGAACCCUUUCAAAGCGGGACUUAUGCUAUACCCUACACGGGGCAGCAUAAACUCUACAUGCCUUCUUAUUUCAAAAUCGAUCAUGGUUUGGUUUUUGUGGGUGAACAUACAGAUAUCAAGCAUGGAUGGAUUUCAGCUGCACUUGCAUCGGCUAUUCGUGGGGUUGUAAUGCUUUUAGUGGAGUUUGGGCAUAUCAGCGAAGCAAAACAUAUUCUAAACAGAUACAAUAUCACGUCGAUAAAUAUAUAAAGCUUCUGAAUAAGUUAACCAAAGAUGUAGAGGUAUAAAGUGCGAGAAAAGUAAAGCAUAUACGGAGCAGCUCUUGAAUACAAAAAGAGCUUGAGACGAUGAUGUGCUUACAGUAUCUAACUCGGAAAACAUUGAGCUUAUAAAAUUGUACAUACAUCAAUAGUUCAUUUUCGCUUCUGUAUACAAUGCGCGUAAAGUUUUCGUUUUAGUUCAAUCGUAUCUCCUACAGAUUCAAGACCAAUAUCAGCGUUUAAUUAUUAUGUAGGCUGCUGCUGUUUCGUUAGCGUCUGCUUUCUGUCUGCUCACCGUUAUGUUCAAUCUGUAUGAGAAUUAAAUACAUGAAUAAAUGCUUGUUCAUCUGGCAAAUAAUAUAUCAGACAUACAUAUAUAUUUUACAAACAUUUAU